AUGGAGAUUUUUCGCUGUGAAAAAGCGCGAAAGGCUAGUGAGGUAAACGUGCAGUUUGGCAUACAAGUCGUCGAUGCGAUUGCCGAAUGGCACUAUCGAACAAUCGCCACACUCAUUGCCAGCGCUUACGCGGUUGCUGUAACGGCACAGCAUUACCAGCAGCAGCAACAAAGUGCUCACGGUCAACAGCAUAAUCAGCAUGCACAAGCAAUUCAGCAACAUGUUGAACAACUUGUUUCACAUGGCCAGCAACAUGUUUCGCAUCUUCAGCAUGGACAGCAGGUUGUUUCAAAUCCUCUACAAGUUCAUGAACAUGUUUCGCAUGGACAACCACAUGUUCAGCAACACGUGUCACACCACCACCAACAACAACAACAGCAACAACACCACCAAUCACACCAACACGGAUCACAUGUACCACAUGCACCCAAAAUCACCAUCACUAGUGUAGUGCAACAUGUACCCAUACCACAUGAGGGCUAUCAGGUCCCCAGUCGUAUACAGAAUAUCGUCGACCGGGUCCACCAGCACAUCCCACAGGUACUGAGUAAUCAUUUGCACCAUCAAAAACAGGUAAAAUCAGCAAUUGUUGGUGAUAAUGUGGUGACUCCACCAAUAGUGCCCGCGCAUGUGCAAAAUAUUGUAGAACAGGUACACGCACACAUUCCACAAGUAGUAAAUCACCAUUUACAUCAGCAGAAGCAGCAGCAACAACAAGUGGUUAAUCAAAAGCCGCAGGGUGUAGCCGGAGUACAGGGUGUUGUUGCUGAUCAUAGUAAGAAACCGGAUGUACAGCAAGUGGUCGCAGAAAUACAUCAACACAUUCCACAAAUAAUUCAAUACUUAAAUCAGCAAGCUCAACAACUACAGCAGAUUGUUGACAAAUUUCAACAGCAACAAAAACAGCCACAAGGUGCUGCGGUUGGGCAGCAAGUGCAGCCGGUGGUACCCGCUAAGGUGCAACAGGUCGUCAAUCACGUGCAUCAACACAUUCCACAAGUGAUCAAUCACACACAACAACAUAAGCGCCAUGUACAAAAUCAUCAACAACUGGAAGUUCCUCAUGAGGUUGAAGGUGUUGUGAUACCCCCACAUGUUCGAAAAAUUGUCGAGCACGUGCAUCAACACAUUCCACAAGUGAUCCGCCAUGCACAACAACGCCAUGGCGUUGCUCAGCAGUCACAGAAUGUUGUAGUUGGGAACCAAGUCAAGCCCGACAUACCCGAUAAAGUGCAACAAGUCGUCAACCAGGUGCAUCAGCAUAUUCCACAGGUGAUCAGCCAAGUACAGCAACACAAACGCCAAGUACAAAAUCAACAACAACCACAAAAACUGGAAAUUCCCCAUCAAGUUCAAGGUGUUGUGAUACCCCCAGAAGUUCGAAAAAUUGUCGAUCACGUGCAUCAACACAUUCCACAAGUGAUCUCUCAUGUACAACAACAACAACAGGCUUUGGCGAAACAACCCGAGGCACCCGCUAAGGUGCAACAAGUCGUCAACCAGGUGCAUCAACACAUUCCACAAGUGAUCAGCCAAGUACAACAACAUAAACGCCAAGUACACAAUCAACAAAAACCACAACAAUUAGAACUUCCUCAUGAGGUUGAAGGUGUUGUGAUACCCCCACAAGUACGAAAAAUUGUCGAGCACGUGCAUCAACACAUUCCACAAGUGAUCUCUCAUGUACAGCAGCAACAGGGUGUUGUUCAGAAGCCACAGAGUGGCGUUGCUGCAAGCCAAGUGCGUCCUGAGAUACCCGCUAAAGUACAAAAUGUGGUCAAUCAAGUUCAUCAACACAUUCCACAGGUAAUCAAUAAUGCACAACAACGACAGCAGCGCCACCACCACAAAAAUCCACAGCCAUCACAGGGAGGCCAAUAAGGUGUUAAGGUCUAGGAGAUCGAAUUUUCCCAAUAACUACGUGUGCUCAUACGUAAGUAUGUAUGUUUAUGUACAUACAAUUUUGUAAA